AUGUCAGGCAUUGUGAACGCUUCUACCGCAAUGAGAUCGAACGCAAUUCCUCACAGAAAUCUUCCUUUGGGAAUGUUGAAGGCGCAGUCCCUGACUUUGAUUCCAUGUGUGCUGAUCAUAAUCCCUCAGCACGAUGCUUUGAGCCUAGGGAAUAGCAGCUCGAAGGAUCUUCAAUCGCGCCAGAUGAAACAAAACUCAUUCGACCAUUUUCAAUGUACCUGGUCGGGUUGCAACAAAAAACGUGAUUACAACGCCAAAAAUCUUAUCCAGCAUAUCAAAUUCAAGCAUAUAUUCCAAGAUGCAUACCAAUGCCCUGAUUGUGCUUGGAGCUCACACUACAAGGGAAACGUCAAAGUACAUAUCUUGAACACACAUAUAGGCAAUCUUUCGCCAACUGUGCUACGCAAGCCUGAUAAUAAUCCAAGGAAAUUCUUCAACGAUGGCUACCAGCUUUUCAAACAUAUUUCGAGACAUGUGAAUGGCAGAGCAAGACCCCGAGUCCGCCGUGAGAAAGAUCUUCGGCUCUCAAAACCGAGUGACAAACAACAGAAGUGUGGUUAUAGACACAAGGAAGUCCAGACGAGCCCUCACCCAGAGAACAAUGAAACUCGCAGAUCAUUGCCUGAAACAAAGCUAGUCUUAGCUGCCAUCUCACAACUUUCAAGCAUAAGAGAACAAAAUUGCAUUGUUUCUGUACGAUCGUAUCUUCGAUCGUACACAAUGCACUUGGAGUGGUGGGAGGAGCGUUAUGUAGGCUCCUCUGAUUGUGAAGUAAAGCAGACGGUAGUUACUUUACUCCCGGGGUACUAUCGCAAGGAAGCAGGUUAUCUUCACGAGGCUUUGGAAAACACAGAUGACCUCCAUAUCAUUGGGGAGAUUUGCUAUAUUAAUACUAUUUAUGUCCUUGCAUUACAAAAAGUCCAGCUGUUUUGGAGAAUUCGCAAGAUCUCCCCACUUGAAGAAGCCAAAGGUCAUAAGAAAAGCGAAUCUUUCUAUUUGGAGGACAAGUGAGUGUUGUGUACUAAGUCGGAGCCUGACACACACGACUCAUUUUAGGCCUAUUUGGCGACUUCGGGAAAGCGAUGGCAAACAGAUAUGUAUAUUAUCACCCCUGCACCGUGGAUGUCUAAUUCAUGGUCUCAAACUAAGGGAUCAUGUCAUGGGAUCUCUGCUGUGCGAGGGUAGGAUUUGGGUACUCUCCU